CACGUAUUUCUCCAGGAAGUAAUUUUUUAAUUCGCUGUAUUAUAAUUUCCUCCUUAUCCGAUAUAAUCUCAGAAAUUGGGAGAAAAUAAUAAAUUCGUUACUAUUUCUCAAAAAAAAUAACGCUUCGGGAAACAAAAUUGGAGAUAAAUGGAUAAAUCAAACCAUCCAACUCUGCUUAUAACAGCUACUGUUAAUACAAAUCCGCUUCGGAAGACGCCGAAUGCAGGAAAAUAGGCCAUCUAUGCGUGGAGGUCUCCUUUCUGAUAGCGCUAAAUUUAAGGCCUUUUCCCUCAAUUACAAAUCAGAUUUUAUCCGGAUCCCCGUUCUCCGUAUAUAUCACUCCACAAUUUAAAUAAAUGUAAGCCCAAACCACUGAAGGCUCGCAGAAAUAGAUCGAGGAUUUAUUCGAUCAAGACAAACAGGUUCGAGAUCAUGGCUGCUUAUGCACUUCCUGAAGACGCCCUGUUUCUGGGUUUAGACAGCUCUACACAGUCUCUCAAAGCGACUGUUUUGGACAACAAUCUUCGCAUUGUCUGUUCAGAAAUUGUUCAUUUUGACUCAGAGCUACCGCAUUACAAAACUAAGGAUGGAGUAUACAGAGAUCCUUCGGGUAGUGGACGAGUUGUAUCACCACCUUUGAUGUGGGUAGAAGCUCUUGACCUCAUUCUUAACAAAUUAAAGAAGGCAGAUUUUAAGUUUGCCAAAGUCAAGGCAGUAUCUGGAAGCGGACAGCAGCACGGGAGUGUUUACUGGAAAAAGGGAACCUUGGAUUCGAUUCUAAAACGAUUGAAUUCAAAAGAAUCUUUGGCUGUGCAGCUUCAGGAUGCUUUCUCUACAAAUGAAUCACCCAUUUGGAUGGACAGUAGCACAAAAGUGCAGUGUAGAGAAAUUGAGAAUGCGAUUGGUGGGGCAGCUGAGUUGUCUUUGCUUACUGGGUCCUGUGCUUAUGAAAGAUACACUGGACCUCAGAUACGGAAAAUAUAUCAGACACAAAAGCAGGUGUAUGACAAUACUGAAAGAAUUUCACUUGUGAGUUCUUUCAUGGCAUCCCUUCUAAUUGGUGGCUAUGCUAGCAUAGACGAGACUGAUGGAGCAGGGAUGAAUUUGAUGGAUCUAAGAAAACGAAUUUGGUCAAAGGCAGCCUUAGAGGCCACUGCUCCAAACUUGGAAGAAAAGCUUGGACCAUUGGCUCCACCUCAUGCUGUGGCUGGAAAUUUGAGUACAUAUUUUGUAGACAGGUUUAUGUUUGACAAAAACUGUUUAGUUGUUCAGUGGUCUGGAGAUAAUCCAAAUAGCUUGGCAGGCCUGGCAUUGAACCGCCCUGGAGAUCUUGCAAUCAGUUUGGGUACCAGUGAUGUAGUAUUUGGCAUCACAAGCGAACCACACCCUGGUCUAGAAGGACAUGUAUUACCUAAUCCUGUUGAUCCAAAUUGCUACAUGGUGAUGCUGGUCUACAAAAAUGGAUCUCUGACACGUGAAGAAAUUCGGAACCGCUGUGCAAACGGAUCGUGGGACAAGUUCAAUGAAUUUAUAGACCAAACUCCUCCUCUAAAUGAUGGCAAAAUGGGAUUUUACUAUAAAGAACCUGAGAUUUUACCUCCUCUCCCAGUUGGAAUUCAUCAUUACCAGCUUAGCAACUAUGAGAAUUAUGCUGAGGGUCAUGCAACAGCUCAUCAAGUACCAGAGUUCAAUGCGCCUUCUGAGGUUCGAGCAAUUUUGGAAGGCCAAUUUAUUUCAAUGCGUGCACACUCUGAGACGAUAGGUAUGCCAUCACCACCAGAACGUCUGAUAGCAACUGGCGGAGCAUCAGCAAAUAGCCAUAUCCUUUCAUUACUUGCUUCAAUAUUUGGCUGCUCUGUCUAUACUGUUGAAAGGCCAGAUUCUGCUUCGUUAGGUGCUUCAUUGAGAGCAGCUCAUGGAUGGGCAUGUCACAAAGAAGGAAAAUUUAUACCUAUUUCAUACCUGUAUGAAGGUAAAGCAGAAGAAACAUCACUGAUGUGCAAACUCUCUGCUCCUGCAGGGGACACAGAUGUUUACUCUAAGUAUAGCACCAUUCUUCCUGUGAGGAUGAAAAUUGAGCAAGAGUUGGUGGAGAAGUUUGGUAUCAAAUAAGAUGUAUCAGCUCCCAAACAAGGUGAAUGACGAGCAAGAAAAAUAUUCUGAGUCGGUAUUUUGCUGUGAGUUUCCUUGUAUAGCUGCCGUGGAUGAAGAGAUUUUCAUGUAUAGUUCUAGGGAUUGCCUGUUCAAUUAUACUUCCCAGGGACAAAUAUUUGCUACCUCAGUUCUGUGAGGGUGACAAAGCAUGCGGACUUUCCUGUGACAUUUUACUUCAUUUAUUUUUAGGAAAUUCAAAAUAAAAGGCAAAUAAAGUGUGUUCAUUUGAUCCCUA